CAUGGGCGGAGUUAUGGAAGGCAGAGCCACAGCGGAUCAGUUUUCUCAUUCAAAGUUGAGUCUCCAGCAUGCUCACUGUGCUCUAAGCGUGGAACCCUAGAGCACAUUUUUAGUUGCAGCUCAAAGGCACUGGGAGAGGGAAGGUACAGGUGGAGGCAUGACCAGGUACUGAAGGCCAUUGUGGAAACCAUUGCUACAGGAGUUGAGUGGGCAAAGCGCUUCCGACUCUCCAAGCAAGCCAUUGCCUUUGACAGAGCUGGAGAGCUGCCAAAACCAGACGGAAAAACAUCUGCAGGUAUCUUGGCCACUGCGAGGGACUGGCAACUGUUGGUGAACUUGGAGCAGCAACUCAAGUUCCCCAACCACGUUGUGAUCACCACCUUAAGACCCAACAUCGUACUCUUGUCGGAGUCCACCAAACAAGUAGUUCUGUUGGAGCUUACAGUCCUCUGGGAAGACCGCUUGGAAGAGGCCUUUGAGAGGAAGCUUGCCAAGUACGAGGGACUGGUCAGCGAGUGCAGACAAGCCGGAUGGAGAGCUAAUAGAGGUAGGAUGCAGGGGCUUUAUAGCCUGAUCCCUGGCCAGAGCCUUCAGUUUGUUAGGUAUGGAUGGGUGGAGGAGGAGAAGAGCCAUCCGCAACACCAGCGAAGCAGCAAAGAAAGCCUCAAGAUGGCUGUGGCUAAAGAGAGGAGAUCCAUGGAGGAAGGGUAG